AUGAAAUAUAGCUUGUUUGACGCAAAAGUAAUAAUUCAAAUAUCAUAGCAUAGUAAAUGAAAAAAUUAGGAUUAUUGUGUGACAUAGAAAAGUCAAAAAGAAAGAAAUAAUAGAAGAAUUUCUCAAUAUAAUUUAGAAGGAAAUCAUUAAAGGGUUAUUGUUUUAAGUAUCAAAUUGUUAAACUAUGGGUGGGAAACGUUCUCAAAAGUAAAAGUUGA